AUGGCCGCCGCUGUGGGAAAAUAUGCCGCCAACAAGAUGUUGCGCGGACAGAUGAAAAAGUAUCAGAACAAGAAGCCUUGCGGUGAUGAGGACCCAUUCUUCACUUACGUCGACAAUCCACGCAAGCCCGGAAAGCAAAAGAAAGUGAAAAAGACUGUCCCCUCAUACAUCCCCGAACACGACGCCAAUGUGCUUGCCAAAAUGCGCCGUCGCGCUUACAGAAUGGACAUGGCGCUCUUCGAAUUCCUCGGUACACGAUUUGGCUGGUCUUCAGUCGUUGGAAUCGUUCCCGCUGCUGGCGAUGCCAUUGAUGCUUGUAUUGCACUGUUGCUCGUCAAGGGCUGCAUGAAGGUUCAAGGUGGCUUGCCAACGGGUAUCUUGAUUCAGAUGCUGAUCAAUGUCGCUAUUGACUUUUUGAUCGGAAUCGUGCCUUUUAUUGGAGAUAUUGCGGAUGCAUACUUCAAGGCCAACACCAAGAACUGCAGACUUCUGGAGAAACACCUGGAUAGUCUGUACAAGCCGGAUGAGCUCAAGGUCAAGGGUCGC